GAGGACAAAUUGCCUGACGACUCAAACGGAAUUCUUCCGCUGCCCUAUCAGAGGAGGAACUGACGUCCGUGGGCGUGGCGUAGCGUUUGACGUGUUGAAUGAGUUUGGGUAGCCAGGCAAGAGGAGAAAGCGACCAUGCUGAAAAUAUCGCAAGGCACUGGAGGAUGCGGAUGCGAUCAUUUCGGUGGAUAUCGUUCGCUCGCUAGUGUACCCUUGGGAUCACCGUUUUUAAUAGCAAAAUAAUUGAUGACACACACCGCACCGACCACCUAAAGGCUAACGUGUGACUGACCAGUCCAAUGUGUCUUCAUUACUGUUGACUGGCCAGCUGGGCGGUUACUGAGGCAGAUUGCAUUAUAGAACCUCCUCUUCUUCUUUUGUAUGACUCAUUGGAGUUGAACAACAGACGUCAAGACUGACCACAGACAUGGUGACAUGAGCAUGGCUUUGGCCUCACUCCGGUCAUUGUCGAUGCCCUGCGCCAGUGUCCGUACCAUCCCCACCAUCACCCUCGUCACCUAUCCUCUCACCCAAAACACCCCCCGCUGAGACCCAGCCGACCGAGUCAGAGCUAACAUCCACCAUGCUGUCAGGAAGCUACAGUUGCUCCACGGUGGACUCACCCGCCAUGCCCUCUGCCUCCACCAGGGCGAGAACCACCAGUGUGUCCAGUAGGGAGAGGGGCAGUGUGAGCAGCAGUGUGAGCAGCAGUGAGAGCAGCAGUGUGAGCGUGCCCACGGUGUGUGGAGUGCCCACGGUGUGUGGAGUGCCCACGGUGUGUGGAGUGCCCACGGUGUGUGGAGUGCCCACGGUGUGUGGAGUGCCCACGGUGUGUGGAGUGCCCAGUGGUACGGUGGUUCUGGAGGCACAGUAUGACUAUCAGUACCGUGGGGCAGACAGACGACAGGUCUGCAUCCGAGAGGGGGAGCGGUUUAUUCUCCUGAGGAAGACUAACACUGACUGGUGGCAGGUGCGGAGGAUCGGAGCAGCCAGUAAAGCCAAUCCCCUGUAUGUCCCAGCUACAUACGUAGUGGAGGUACCCAUCACUCCUCUGUCAUCAGCACCACAACAACAAAAUGCCAACAACAACAUGUGUAACCAUGCCAACAUGAGACUGCAGCUACAGUCAUCUCUCUCUCUCUGCUCUAACAGCCAGUACUCAGUGCUCAAAACCUUCUGUCGGUCAAUGGAGGACCUCAACUCUCACAGUGCCUUCAGGGGAGUCAACAGCCACAGCCCUACCCCCAGUCUGGAAAGAGGAGGGUGUCACUUCCCCACCAUGCCCCUCCCUGACCUCCCCUCCUACACCGCUAGCUCCUCCUCAGGACAUCUGCUGGUCCCUGGGGGCCCCCAGACCUCCAUUGGCCUCUCAGGCCCCAUCCCCCGCACUAAAAGCUUCAACAACCUGCCCCAGAACCCUUACGAGGAGAUCGAAGUGGCGGAGAUGGGGUUCGGGAUGGGACUGAGUGGACGGAGCACACCCAUCGGGGGUGUUGCCAAGUCCCUUAGCCAAUGGGACAUGGCCGAGGCCACCUGCAGAAACAGCCGUCUGCAGGUGUCUCCCCAGUCCUACAUUUCCCAGCAGUCUCUCCUGGAGUCUACUCUAUAUUCCGCCGUCCACCAGGUGAAGAGGCGGAGCCAAGUGGAGCCCCCCAGCCCCGCCCCCGGCCAGCGACCCAUGCAGGUGCUGGACCUAUGGGAGCAGUAUUCGGACCCGUCCACGGGGCGAUGCUUCUAUGUCAACACCGUUACCAAGGAGAGGUCCUGGAAACCCCCCCGCAGAGCCCGUGAAUGGGUAACAGACAUACAGCACCUUGCAAAAGCUCGUCCCCUGCAACCACAGACUAUCCCCAGGGACGCCAACCACCUGUCUCUCCCAAUCCCAGGCACAGAGAAUGGCAACAUGAACAGGCUCUCUUCAGACUUCCUGUACGGUGGGCAGAUUGCUGACAGUGGCCGGGAGUUGGGUCAGAGCAUGCAGAGAGCAGUUUCCUCCAACACCAUCAGCACCACAGCCUUCACAACAGGAGAGUCUCAGGGCGUUGUCCAGCGACGCCACUCUGCCCUACUGCAUCAUGGGACAGAGCAGCUCAGCCACUCACGAACCAUAAUACUGCCCAAGAACGGCAAGCUGGGCCAGCAAGACUGUUCCUACCCUGGGACCAGUGUUGUGGUGGUGGAGCCUCCUUCUCCAGCCACCUCUCCUGACAGCAAUGACAGCUCCACACCCGAGCUGGAAAAGGCAGGUCUGCUGAACAAGACUAAGAUAGCAGAGGGAGGCCGGAAACUGAGGAAGAACUGGAAUCCGUCGUGGGUGGUUCUGGUCGGGAACAGUCUGGUAUUCUUCAAGGAUCCCAAAUCCCAGACCCCCUCCAGCUGGAAACCAGGCAACAGUCGUCCGGAGAGCAGUGUAGACCUGAGAGGAGCUGUGGUGCAGUGGACCAAUGACCUGUCCAGCAAGAAGAACGUCUUCAAGCUGAGGACGGUGACAGGGAAUGAGUUCCUACUGCAGUCAGAGACAGGCUCACUGAUCAGAGAGUGGUUCAAUACCAUCCACAGUGUCAUCGAUAGACUGGAUCGGGAGAAUCCCCUGGACAAUGUUCUGCUGUACUCUCUGAGGAGGGCGGGCAGUGUGGAGAUGUUGGACCACAGUGGAGACGAGGAGGACAGUCGAGGAGGAUAUAAGGCAUCACUCCCUCGUUCUGCUUCCAACGUGGAGAACUCAGAGAGGAAGCGUGUUCGGAGCAGACUGAAGAAGUUCAUCCUCAAGAGACCUCCACUACAGAUCCUACAAGAGAAAGGACUCAUCAAGGACCAGGUGUUUGGCUGUCAUCUGGAGAUGCUGUGUGAGAGAGAGAAGAACAACGUGCCUCGUUUCGUCAGGCUCUGCACUGAGGCUGUGGAGAGGAGAGGUCUGGAGACAGACGGUAUCUACAGAGUGAGUGGGAACCUGGCGGUCAUCCAGAAACUACGCUUCCUAGUCAACCAUGAGCGAGCGGUGACUACAGACGGACGUUAUAUGUUCCCUGCGGAGUUGGUACAAGAGAAGUUGAACCUGGAACAGAGUGAGUGGGAGGACAUCCAUGUCAUCACAGGAGCCCUGAAGCUGUUCUUCAGGGAGCUUCCUGAACCCCUGGUUCCUUACGGCUUCUUCACAGACAUCUUAGAGACCGUCAAGAUGUCAGACUACCUGGAUAAAGUGGACCGUCUGAAGUCUCUGGUACUGAGCAUGCCUCCUCCCAACCAAGACACCAUGAGGUUCAUGUUCAGCCAUCUCAAACGGGUGAUGGAACAUUCUGACUCUAACCGGAUGUCGACCCAGAACAUCGGCAUAGUGUUCGGUCCCACCCUGAUGCGUCCGGAGAGGGACAAUGUUAACAUGGCCAUCAACAUGGUCUACCAGAACCAGGCCGUGGAGCUCAUUCUCAAUGAGUUUGACCGUAUCUUCAGACCCAGCAACUUUACAUCCCUCUGACAUCCAUUCAGCCCAGGAAACCGAACCUACAACCCACCCAGCCCCAAGGACCCAGCCAGCACAGAACACCGAACCUAGAACCCACCCAGCCCCAAGGACACAGUCAGCACAUAACACCGAACCUAGAACCCACCCAGCCCCAAUGACCCAGUCAGCACAUAACACCGAACCUACAACCCACCCAGCCCCAAGGACCCAGUCAGCACAUAACACCGAACCUAGAACCCACCCAGCCCCAAGGACCCAGUCAGCACAUAACACCGAACCUAGAACCCACCCAGCCCCAAGGACCCAGUCAGCACAUAACACCGAACCUAGAACCCACCCAGCCCCAAGGACCCAGUCAGCACAUAACACCGAACCUAGAACCCACCCAGCCCCAAGGACCCAGUCAGCACAUAACACAGAACCUACAACCCACCCAGCCCCAAUGACCCAGUCAGCACAUAACACCGAACCUACAACCCACCCAGCCCCAAGGACCCAGCCAGCACAGAACACCGAACCUAGAACCCACCCAGCCCCAAGGACCCAGUCAGCACAGAACACCGAACCUACAACCCACCCAGCCCCAAGGACCCAGCCAGCACAGAACACCGAACCUAGAACCCACCCAGCCCCAAGGACCCAGUCAGCACAUAACACCAAACCUAGAACCCACCCAGCCCCAAGGACCCAGCCAGCACAGAACACCGAACCUACAACCCACCCAGCCCCAAGGACCCAGUCAGCCCAGGAAACCGAACCUACAACCCACCCAGCCCCAAGGACCCAGUCAGCACAGAACACCGAACCUACAACCCACCCAGCCCCAAGGACCCAGUCAGCACAUAACACCGAACCUACAACCCACCCAGCCCCAAGGACCCAGUCAGCACAUAACACCGAACCUAGAACCCACCCAGCCCCAAGGACCCAGUCAGCACAGAACACCGAACCUAGAACCCACCCAGCCCCAAGGACCCAGUCAGCACAUAACACCGAACCUAGAACCCACCCAGCCCCAAGGACCCAGUCAGCACAUAACACCGAACCUAGAACCCACCCAGCCCCAAGGACCCAGUCAGCACAUAACACCGAACCUAGAACCCACCCAGCCCCAAGGACCCAGUCAGCACAGAACACCGAACCUAGAACCCACCCAGCCCCAAGGACCCAGUCAGCACAGAACACCGAACCUACAACCCACCCAGCCCCAAGGACCCAGUCAGCACAUAACACCAAACCUAGAACCCACCCAGCCCCAAGGACCCAGUCAGCACAUAACACCGAACCUAGAACCCACCCAGCCCCAAGGACCCAGUCAGCACAUAACACCGAACCUAGAACCCACCCAGCCCCAAGGACCCAGUCAGCACAUAACACCGAACCUAGAACCCACCCAGCCCCAAGGACCCAGUCAGCACAUAACACCGAACCUAGAACCCACCCAGCCCCAAGGACCCAGUCAGCACAUAACACAGAACCUACUACCCACCCAGCCCCAAGGACCCAGUCAGCACAGAACACCGAACCUAGAACCCACCCAGCCCCAAGGACCCAGUCAGCACAUAACACCGAACCUACAACCCACCCAGCCCCAAGGACCCAGUCAGCACAUAACACCGAACCUACAACCCACCCAGCCCCAAGGACACAGUCAGUACAUAACACCGAACCUAGAACCCACCCAGCCCCAAGGACCCAGUCAGCACAUAACACCGAACCUAGAACCCACCCAGCCCCAAGGACCCAGUCAGCACAGAACACCGAACCUAGAACCCACCCAGCCCCAAGGACACAGUCAGCACAUAACACCGAACCUAGAACCCACCCAUCCCCAAGGACCCAGUCUAGAGCCCAUCCAGCCCCAUCCCAACCAGCCUGAACCCAACUCAGUGACCUGAACCAUCUUUGGACCCAACCCCUCUGGUACUGAGACCAGAACCGACAGAACCAGACAUGCUGUGAAAGGGACACCAGCUUCUCCUCAUGCUCUUCUUACUUACUCCCUGUAGUAUCAACUAGUGGUAAAAACAUAGGUGGGUAAACUGCAUUACACCCCCUGGUAUCAACACCAGCUUAACUCACCGCAUCCCACGACACGGAGAAAGACAUGGGAACAGGAGGAAAAGCCCAUAUGGAUAAUGUACAGUAUGUUUCCUUAUCUCCUGUUGUCGUGUAGUAGCAACUACGGCCCAACUCGCCUCCGCCAAACACAACGGCAACAGCAAGCUGUUUAAUCUUUGUGCCACUGUCUGUUAACUGUCUACAAUAAAGUUAUUGCGAACUUUUCAAA